GGAUGUCCCAUGCAUCAGAAAAAGGUGGAAGAUACAAUGGGUGCUUGUGCAUCAGCCCCUGCUUCUCCACUGCCAUCAGCAACCGUCUCAGAAACAUCUCAGUCUACAGCAUCUCCACCACCAGGAUGUCCCAUGCAUCAGAAAAAGGUGGAAGGUUGUCCAAUGCACAAAGAGGUUCCCCAGAAUGCUGAGAGCCAGAGCUGUUCAGGACCAGCUCAUCAAGAACGAGCCUAUGAGUAUGUUCAGUGUCCAAUGAGAGCGGGCAGUAAAGAUGAUAUUGAUCCCAGCAAUAUGAUGCCUCCUCCGAAUCAAACCCCAGCCCCAGAUCAGCCUUUUUCACUAUCUUUAAACCGAGAAGAAUCCACAAUUCCUAGAGCUGAGAAUGAUAAAAAAUGGGUGUAUCCUUCAGAGCAGAUGUUCUGGAAUGCUAUGCUACGGAAAGGGUGGAAAUGGAAGGAAGAGGAUAUUAAGCGUGAAGAUAUGACAAAUAUUAUUAAAAUUCACAAUCAAAACAACGAGCAGGCUUGGUCUGAAAUCUUGAAGUGGGAAGCUCUCCAUGCUAAAGAAUGUCCCUGUGGCCCCAGUCUAAUUCGCUUUGGUGGUAAAGCAAAGGAGUAUUCACCCAGAGCACGAAUCAGAUCAUGGUUGGGCUACGAACUCCCCUUUGAUCGCCAUGACUGGAUUGUAGAUCGCUGUGGACAGAAAGUCCGAUAUGUUAUUGACUACUAUGACGGAGGAGAAGUGGAUAAAAACUAUCAGUUUUCAAUUUUGGAUGUCCGUCCUGCGUAUGACUCCAUGACAGCAGUGUGGGACAGAAUGAAAGUGGCCUGGUGGCGUUUGACCUCUAAAUCUAUUGAAGACUAA